AAUUACUCAAGUAGCUAGUGGAAAUAGGGAUUGACACACAAUACAAAUUGAUUAGUCGAUUUAUUUGUCUAGUGUUGACAUUGCCCGUUUCAACAACUACUAUGGAGAGAACCUUUUUCAACAAUAAUCCAGGUGAAAAUUUAUUUGCUUGAUAAAAUGAGCGAUGAAUUUUUCGCCGAUUGGUUAACUAUUUCAUCUGAAUGAGAGUAUGCUAUUGGUAUGGAUGUAGACUCCAUUAUUGAUGAAUUCACUACAUUAAAAUUUAAAAGAUGGACGUGUACAAUUGAUAUUGUAAAAAAAAAAACUUUGAUUUUUAUACAAUAUCUAAUUUUCUAAUGAAAUGCGGCCUAGUGCUCUAUCGUGUCCUGUAUUCGCCGCUGCUCCUCAUCUCUCAGAUUCUCUCGAACCCAAGUCUGGAAAUCCAAAUUUUAUCUUUGACCAUUGUUCAUCUUGAAGUGGUUCCAGACACCCCUGAUUUUGUUUUGUUGCAGUGUCUGAGUAUGUGCUCUGGUGUUUCAUCGAUCCCUCUCUGCAGUGAGGACAGCAACUGUUAUUACUUAUUAGUGAGCUUCCGUUUUUCUCGUUCUUUGUUUUUCCGCUUCACCCAUAUUAAACUCAAAUCACACACUCCAAUGAAUUUAGAGAAAUUUUACAGUGCUAUAUAGUAUUGGUACUAUAGGUUUUUGUCUUUAUGGCACAACUUAAAAUUGUACAUUUACGUUAUGGUACAACUUCAGAUUGUACCUAUACUUUUUGUAAAAAUUCUUUUAUGGUACAAAUUGAACUUGUACCUUUACGUGAUGGUACAACUUCAAGUUGUGAAGUUGUACCAUAACAUAAUGAUACAAAUUAUUUUAUGGUACAACCUAAACUUAUACAUUUAAUGUUAUGGUACAACUUUGAGUUGUACAUUAAAGCACCAAUGCUAUAUAGUAUAGUAGAAGUGCUCAUGAAUUUAACGUGUACAUAAGGUUGGAGGAGUAUCGAAUGUUUGUAUUGGGCCCAACAACUGUGCGCUCUGACUAAUAAAACCAAUUGCUGGACCUGACUCCGCUCAGAGCCCAAUAUACUUCACUUACCAGUAUUGGGCCCGUACCAUAACAACGCAGGCCCGGCCCAGUUCUUGUGUUUACUCACCCCCGGGCCCGGCUGCCUACUACUCCUUCGUCCUCCGAUCCUCCUUCCGGCGUAUCUUCCCCUGGCGUUCUCAAGCGGCCGUCGGCCGAUAAGCUGCUUUUGAUCUCUGGUUCCUCUUUACUUCUUCGCCGCCGACCGUGAAAUGCUUCUAUCAACAACACAAACUUUGUCGAAAGACCCAACAAGAUCCCAGCUUCGCUUCCACUACCGCGACUCUUUACAUUUCCUGUGGUGGGUUGUUAUCUCAAUUCUCAAUCAGUUAGUCUUCAAUUUCCUUGAUUAUUAUUCUGAUCAUCUGAUCAACAUAGCAUUUUUGGCUUCCGCGGUGGGUUAUGUUUAUCUCAAUUUGUUGCAUUUCUUUUCACACAGAAAAACUCGAAUGCAUUUAGGGAUAUACAGGGUAGUGAACGUAGAAGAGUAAGUGGCAGAAAAGGGCCAAGUCUUUCCCAUGAACAACUGGAAUGAAUCUUAUUCCUAGAGUGCUGUCUCGUAAGCUUUGUUCACGCUGCUCGUCCUAUUCAACAUCUUCUUUCUCAUGGAUAUCUCCCCUGCAAGAUGUCGAUUCCGUCAAAGACCCCCCACCCAAAACUCAUAGCAGUCUACUCGAGAGAAGACGCAGGAGUAGUAGUAAAUUCAUAUCUCAUGACUCGGCAGUGACCUUAAUCCAAGCCGAGAGAGAUCCCCAGCUUGCACUGGAACUAUUCAACAGGGUAGGUGAUCAAGAUGGGUUCAAUCACAAUCAUGCUACCCAUUCGACUAUACUGCACAAGCUCGCCCAGUCCAGGAAGUUCGAUGCUGUCCAUGCAGUCCUCCAUCAGAUGACCUACGAGACCUGCGAGUUUCACGAGAACGUGUUCCUCGACCUGAUGAACCAUUUCUCCAAGUCCAUGAUGCACGAUCGAGUGGUGGAGAUGUUCUACGCGAUUCAGAAGAUUACUCGUGUUAAGCCCUCGCUCAAAGCUGUGACCACCUGCCUUAAUCUCUUGAUUGAAUCACAGCAGGUUGGUCUGGCCAGGAGUUUCCUUGUGAAUGUCAAGAAGCAUCUCGAUUUGAGGCCGAAUACUUGCAUUUUCAACAUCUUGGUUAAGCAUCACUGCAAGGUUGGUGAUCUUGAAUCCGCCCAAGAAGUGAUGAAGGAGAUGAAAAGAUCGAAGCUUUCUUAUCCCAACUUAGUCACCUACUCCACUCUCAUGGAUGGCCUCUGUCGGCAUGGCAGACUCAAAGACGCAACUGAUCUGUUUGAGGAGAUGGUUUCGGAGCAUCAGAUCGUACCCGAUGCUCUAACAUACAACGUGUUAAUUAACGGAUUUGUUCAAUCUGGAAGAGUCGAUCGAGCCAGAAAAAUAAUCGAGUUCAUGAAGAGCAAUGGAUGCACUCCAAACCUAUUCAACUACUCUACCCUAAUGAAUGGGUUCUGCAAGGAAGGUAAAGUGACUGAAGCCAAAGAGGCUUUUCAGGAAAUGAAGACUGUAGGGCUAAGACCCGACACAGUUGGCUAUACGACAUUGAUUAAUUGCUUAUGCAGAAGCCGAAGAUCCGAUGAAGCCCUGGUGUUGCUUCAAGAGAUGAAGGAAACACAGUGUAGACCCGAUGUCGUGACAUAUAAUGUAUUACUGAGAGGGUUAUGCGAAGAAGGAAGGUUCGGUGAUGCUCUAGGGAUGUUGAAGCAGACAGCCUGUGAAGGAGUUUACUUGAACAAAGGGAGUUACAGGAUCGUUUUGAACUGCUUGUUGAAGAGAGGUGAAUUGGAGAAAGCUGCUGUGUUCUUGGGUGUGAUGCUUGAUAAAAGAUAUUUGCCACAUUAUGCGACUUCAAACGAGCUGUUGGCGAAACUAUGCGAGGAAGACAGGGCGUAUGAUGCAGAGAUGGCAUUGUUCAGGUUGGCAGAAGCUGGGUUCAAACCUGGAGCCGAGUCUUGGGGUUGUUUGGUUGAGUUAGUCUGUAGAGAGAGAAAGUUGCUUGCUGCAUUUGAGCUGCUUGAUUCGCUGGCAGAAGGGUAAGCCCUCAUUCUUCAUUCUUUAUCAGAGAUUAAGAAGAUUAAUUUAUUAAGACCUUUUGCAGAGAUUAAUUAAACUCCUAUUGCAUUAUAGGAUUAGUGGUCUCCAUCUCUUAAAUCAUCCUCUUAUUAUAACAUGGCAACCACCACCAAUUAUUCAAUUGGCAUGGAUUGGCUUAGCUGCAUAAGUGUCUGCUCUUCACGUCUCACAUGACAUGGUUGCUGCCUAUAAAAGAGCCUUUCCUGG